CUAUUUAGAGAUAACGAUGGGGCCAGAUAUCAUGCAUGAAGUCAAACUUCAGCUCACAUUUACACCGUAUUCCAAGCCGAACACACCUUAACCAUGAAGAUCAUCUUGAUUCUUGCACUUGUAUCAGGCUGCUUGGGGGCGUCUCUGAACUCACAGUGUGGCGGGUUCUGUAUCGAAGUGUACCAACCUGUUUGUGGCUCAAACGGAAAAACGUACUCAAACUCAUGCUUCUUCCAACAAGCCCAGUGCAUGGACGCGACCCUGACUUCUACCUCUGGUGAAUGCGGGUCGGUCACCCUGCCGCCAUGUCCCGCCAUGAUGUGUAUGGCACUGUACGACCCCGUUUGCGGUUCGGACGGGAAAACAUACAGUAACAAGUGUCAGCUGCAUGUUGCCCAUUGCCAUGGAGACGUAACAGUUGCUCACGCCGGCUCUUGUGAUGGCGCCAUCUCACCUGUUUAAACGUGCAUAUGCUUGUGUUAAACAUUCAAUAACGCUGUGCUUUAGAUUGUUAAAGUGAAUACUUUAUUUAGCAGAGUACUUCUUGCAAUUUGUGUUGUAAUACUCUCGAACAUUUCUUCAACAUGGCGCUUAAACUAGAAAACUUAUGUUAUUAAGUAAAUAAGGACCUUUUUAUAAAACGGAUAUUGAAACAUAA